AUUUUCUGUAAUAGAGUCUGUAUUCCUAAUAUUUUUCUUAUUAUCUCUCACUCCUAAAACCCCUAUUUAUCUUCCUCCCCCAAGCCAAUUGCUGCUGUUUCAGUCAGUGAGUGAGUCCCAGAGAUUAGAGAUUAGAGAAAGAGAAAUGGGGGGUCCUGAAGAAGAGGAAGAAGCACUGCGUCUGAAAGGCAUAGCAGAGACGAAAUACAAGAAGUCGAACCUGAAGUCCGCCCUCAAGUACGCGAAGCGAGCCCUUCGGCUAGCCCCCAACCUGGAUGGGCUCUCGGAGAUGGUCACAUCCUUCAAGAUCCUUCGCUCCCCUGAUUCUGAUUGGUACACCAUCCUCCAGGUAGAACCCUUUGCUCACAUUAACACCAUUAAAAAACAGUACAAAAAACUCGCCUUGCUUCUUCACCCUGACAAGAACCCUUAUGCCGGCUCCGAAGAGGCCUUUAAGCUCGUCGGCGACGCCUUUCGGUUCUUGUCCGAUAAGAUUCGUAGGAAAGAGUAUGAUAUGAAGCUUAGGAUUAGGAUUCAGGAUGACAAUGUCAAUGCUGCUCCUGCUGUGGACACUUUCUGGACCGCUUGUUCCACGUGCCGUUUGUUGCACAAGUUUGAGAAAAAGUAUUUGGGUCAUAGUUUGGUGUGUCCUAGUUGUAGGAAGAGCUUUCUGGCUGUGCAGGUUGAGACCAAUGAUGGGGAUGAUGCUGUGGAGGAAACUAGGGUUCGGAGUGAGAGGUUGAGGAAGAGAAAUUUGGGUCUUGUCAGGAGUUUUGAGCAGUUGGGUUCUAAUCGGAAAAUGGGUAGUGGUGAGAAUUUGACAAGUGCCUGUGGUGUGAAGGGAAAAAGGGGUAGUGGUGUGAAAUUGGGAAGUGUGAAUGUUAAGGGGAGAUUGCACGGUGGUGGCGGAGUGACAAGUGGGGAAUUGGAAAGGGAAGAGGAUGAGGAUGAGGAUGGUGAUGGUGAUGAUAGAGGUAUAUGGAGUGGUGGGAGAUUGAGGAAUUCGGGUUUGAAGAGAAUGAGGACUGUUGGGGAUGUGUUAGAGAGGUCAAUGCCGAAGAGGGCGAAAACUGGGGAGGAAAUGAUGACAUUGGCGGAGAUGCAGUUGGAAGCAAAGCAAAAGGCGCAUCAACAGAGGAUGAAAUUGAAGACAAAGGAAAAGGAGAAGAAUGAAAGAGAAAAGAGGAAGGAGAAGGAGAGGCAUGGAGAUUUGAAGAAGAGUAGGGAUUCUAAAAGUGGGGAUUUAGAAAUUGAGAGGCACAGGAAGAAGGGCAUGGGCUUGGAAAUUGAUAGGCGCAAGGAUUCUAGAAGUGGGGAUUUGGAGAUUAUGUCAGUGGAGGAUUCAGACUAUUAUGAUUUUGAUAAGGAUAGAGUAGAGAAAAGUUUUAAGAGAGGGCAAGUGUGGGCUCUCUAUGAUGAUGAUGAUGGAAUGCCAAGGCAUUAUGGUUUGAUAGAUGAAGUUGUUUCGGUCAAUCCUUUUGAGGUGAAGAUGAGUUGGUUGGAUUUUCAAAGUAAUGGGGAUGAGGGGCUUAUAAUUUGGGAGAAAAUGGGAUUUCAUAUUUCUUGUGGAAGAUUUAAGGUUGCUAGGAAGACUUCCAUUAACUCAGUGAAUGUCUUUUCACAUAUUGUGGAUUGUGAACGAGCAGCAAGGGAGGUUUAUAGAAUUUAUCCGAGGAAGGGCUCAGUGUGGGCACUUUAUAACGAUGCUGCUGUUGAUGCAGAAGGAAGAAACCUCUCUGCUAAAGAUAAGCGGUGCUAUGACAUAGUUGUAUUUUUGACUAGUUUCAGUGAGAUUCAUGGUUUAAGCAUGGCAUAUCUUGAGAAGGUUGAUGGGUUCAAGACGGUGUUUAAGAGAAGGGAGAUUGGUUCUCAUGCUAUUAGAUGUCUUGAAGGAGAUGAUGUUCGGUUGUUUUCACAUCAGAUUCCUGCAAGGAAGCUUUCUGAGAAUGAGGCUCCAGAGCUUUUGAAAGAUUGUUGGGAACUUGAUCCUGCUUCACUUCCUUCAGAUUUGCUUAGUAUUGAUUGGCGGAGGUAAUUCUGGUAAUGAGUGCUCUGUGUAUAGCUUUUCAUCAAUUAGGGGUUGAAGUAUGUUAAUGUACAGCAAGCACCCUUAUGAGCUAAUGACCAUUCUCAGUCACCCUUUGUGACCUCUGUAGCAAAUGAGGGUACUUCACCUUAACAUAAUGCAGUCAGUUUAUAACUACAUUA